AUGAGACAGCUGAACAAAAUAGAAUGGGGAUCUCUAUUAGGAGAAGCUCAUAAUGUCAAAGCCUAUUCGAAUGUUGGAAUUCAUUAUGAUCAUUCUAAAUGGAAUAGUUAUAAGAGUAUUUUAAAAAAGGAAGAAUCAGGCUUGACCAAGGAUGUAUUUUUGGGAGUGAAAUAUCAAUGUGUGGAAUAUGCAAGAAGAUUUUUAGUCAUCAAUUUUGCAGCUGCAUUUAAGGAUAUAAAUUGUGCUGAUGAAAUUUAUAAGUUAAAUUACGUGGAGGAUUUGACCACCACAUUCCCAAACAAAGGAAAUCAACCUCCUCAAGUAGGAGAUUUGAUAAUUUACCCAAGAACAUAAAAAUAACCCUAUGGCCAUGUUGCUGUUAUAGUCGAAGUUGGCAUGGGAUACGUUUGUGUAGCUGAAUAAAACUAUGAGGAUUCUGGGUGGAUAAAGAAAAAUUAUGCAAGAAAACUGAAAGUGAAUCAAGUCAAUGGUUAAUAUGAAAUUACAUAAGUGAGAGUUGGGUUGGAACAUUAAUUUCAAUAUUGGUGGGAUCGAAAUGAGUAGAUUUUGGGAUGGAAGAGAGUGUGCAGAUGAAGUAUGAAAUAAUUACUUUUUGUUAUAUGAUAUAUUAAUACUAAGGUUUU